AUGGUAACCAUUGGGAAGUGUGUAGAGAAUGGGCUGAAAUCGGGGAAGAUCACAAACACGACCACUCCACAGAUAACAAACAAGAGGCCGCAUGGGGGCUUCGUGAAAAAGAAGGAGGGGGAAGCAAACGUUGUGACGACGAGUGUUCGCCUCCAAUAUCAAUUUCCGAUGGCCCCUAUGUCGUAUUACCCGUAUCUAUACGUCGCCGCAGCUCAAUAUCAACAACCGUCAUUCCAGUACCAACUGCAGAAAGGUAAUCAACAAUCAACACCUGCUCAGAGAAGUCUGAAUCAUCAAUGUAACUGUGACAACAAAGGAAAAAGUCGAGGUCAUAAUAAUAGGAGAAAUUUUGGUAAUCGUCCCCAAUUUGAUAAGAUCCUGGUACCGUAUGCAAAGCUGGUGCAUUUGAUCCACGUGGGGGCUAUCGUACCAAGAGAACUCCCAACAGCCUUUCCUCUCUUUAAUCAUAGUCACAAUCCUAAUGCCACAUGUGCUUUCCACAUAGGGUAUAUAGGACACUCCACUGAGGACCGUUGGGCUCUCAAAAAGAGGAUCCAAGAGUUAAUUGAUCAAGAGAUCAUGUCUUUCUCUGAGGAAAAGCCCAAUGUGAAGACUAAUCCCUUGCCAAACCACGGUGGCGCAGCAAUUAACACUGUGAUCAAAGAAGAAAAUGUCGAAUCUAUACUAAGGGAUGAAGAGGCGAAGACUUCGAUGUCAGUUGUGUUACAGAGGCUUGAACGUUUUGGGUUUCUAGAAGGUGUACAUGAUGAUUGUGCAGUAUGUGAGUUUGAUCCGGACAAUUGCGACAAGCUGAGGGGUUGUGUGCAAGAACUGACGGAUCAAGGUUUAAUACAGUUCUCCAAGUCUAAAGCAGCAGAAGAGGUGGCAGUAAUUGAACCAAUAAUAAUUGUGUACAAAAAAAGAAGGUUGAAGCUCCUCCCAAGAGGACUCAGCCGAUUCAUUCCCGCGUUCCCACUCUGUUCCCAAAUCGCCAAUAUUGCUGGAACGGGAGGCAUGAAUCGGAGUGGCUGUGUAUUCGCUCCAAAAUACACUCAUAGGGUGUCUCUAGCACCCACAAUUAUCCCGCCUAAGGAGAAGGUCAUUCCUACUUCGACUCCGCAAGUAGGGGCAACUUUACCUGCCACUCUGAGCAUGAUGAAUGCUCCAGUGCUGACGAAGGUUAUUAACAAUAAAGUUGUAGAAUCUGAAACGUCUAAGGGUAAAGGGCCGAUGGUUGAGAAAGAACAAGUUGAAGAUCACAAGAAGAGCAUCACUUUUGAGGAAAGCCAAGAAUUACUCAAAUUGAUCAAGAAAAGUGAUUUCAAAAUUGUUGACCAGUUGAAUCAGACUCCCUCCAAAAUAUCAAUUUUGUCCUUGCUAUUGAGUUCCGAGGCUCAUCGCAAGGCAUUGCUGAAAGUUCUAAAUGCCGCUCAUGUGAUGCAAGAUAUCACGGUCGAUCAAUUUGACGACGUGGUUGGUAAUAUCACUGCUAGUAGGUAUUUGGGAUUUAAUGAAGCAGAGCUACCUCCUGAGGGAAAUUCCCACAACAAAGCACUACAUAUUUCAGUCACAUGCACUAACUCUCUCCUAUCUCGAGUCCUCGUUGACACUGGUUCUUCGCUUAAUGUAUUGCCAAAAUCCAUAUUAAGCCAAUUGCAGUUUAAGGGGCCCAAGAUGAGGUCCAUCACACUGAUCGUUCGAGCUUUCGAUGGUUCGCGAAGGCAUCUUAUUGGGGAAGUCGAUUUGCCUAUCUAUGUUGGACCCCACGAGUUCAGCAUCACCUUCCAAGUCAUGGAUAUCAACCCAACUUACAGUUGUUUGUUGGGCAAACCAUGGAUUCACGCCGCUGGGGCAGUCACCUCUACAUUGCACCAAAGGUUGAAGUACUUGAUUGAUGAUUAG